CACUUUUUCAGUCACUUAACCCCAUUCCAUGAUUUAUUUCAAAAUAGAAUUUAAAACAAAAAAUCUGACUUUAAUUGGUAACAUGUGGUAACAUUGAUUUAGUUUGAGUUGAGAGUUUAAUUCAUAGAUAACUCAAAAUAUCACCAAUCAUGCAUUAAAUUUAAUUUUUUUUUAUUUUAAAUUUGAGUUAUCAUGUAUUAUGGUUGAAUUACAAUUUUGAUUUACACCCUUUGUAAAAUUGUUAAACCAAAACUUAAUGCAACAUCAUGAUCAAUCCAAUGUUUUAGGAUUUGAGUUACAAUUAUAAUUAAAGUUUCUGUCUAAAAUACAAAGUGAAUAAUAAAUCUGAAACACUCUACCUCCGCGUACGAAAACUGUUAUACGUUUUGGAAUUUUUUUGUUUGUAAAUAAAAUAUUAUUUGUAUUUCCAAAACCACCAUAGCAAUAUCUUAUUCUUAUUUCUGGAAAUAUUUUUAAUAAUAUUAUAUACUUCACAUCAUUUUGUGUUAAUCAAAUAUUUUUUUAUUCUCUUUCUUGUUCCUAUUUUUGAAUUAUUAAAUUAUUAUCUUACAUAAUCUUAUUAGUUGUAGAUUUUAUUUGGAUUGAAAAUUUAUAAAUUAUUUUGUUAUUGAUAUCGGAUAAAUAAUAUCAUCAGUAAGUUUAGUUCUUAGAAAAAUAUAUAUUGCAGCUUAUCUUUUGUUAAAAUUUAUUUUUAUACAUAUUAAAAAUAAUUUUAUUAUUUAUUUUAUUUUAAAUAGGUUAAUAGUUUUUGUUAUUAAUAAUAAUUCAUUAUUAUAUGUUUAUAUUUAUAUUUAUUUUAUUGAAAAUUAUACUGUAAAUUAUACAUCAAAAAGGUUACAAGUCAUCAGUUUUACUAAAAUAGUAACUCUAAUUUUUACUGCAAAACUUACCACAUAAAGUUACAGUUUUUACCACAUAAUUUUUACUGCAAGUUACAUCGAAUUGUAAUACAUAUUGCAACUCGACUUCAAUGCUACAUGUCAUCAAUUAGAACCUAAGUAUAUUCCAUUUUAUGCUGUAUAAUGAAAUAAAUAUGGAUUUAUUCUAUGGAAUAAUCAUUUUAUUGUUACUUCAUUAUUCUAUUUUCCACUCAAUUUGUGGAGUAUGGUUCAAAUAAAUUCAAUUCCAUUUUGGAGUGAAAACUAAAGUUUGACAUCCAUGUAGUAGAGCAUUUCCAAUAAAAAAGAAAUCUAUUUUUCUCCGAAAUAGAAUAAUUUUAUAUUGGAAUUGAAUUUGUUCCAACCAUAUUCUAUUUUUGGAACGAAAAUUGAAAUAAUGAACAAAAAAUAAAAUGAUUGUUUCAUUUAUAGAGUAAACAUUCCAUUAUAAAGUGGAAAAUGAAAUUGAAUUUGUUCCAAACUCCAUUUUGAAGUAAAUUAUGAAGUAUGAAUAGAGAUGCUCUUACAAGAUUAAGAUUAUCCUUUUUGAUAAUGAUUUUUUUGUUUCUUCUGAUUCAACAUUAUUCAUUGGUUUAGUUUGGUUUACUUAUAAACCAACUCCAACUCUACCAUUACAGAAAUUAGAAAACCAAAUCAACCGUUGGAAAAAUAUUAAGAGAAGAAAACAUAGCAGUUUCUCAAAACAAAACCACCAUUUUUCUUCUUUCGCGUGUCCGAUUAAGAAAGAGAGAUGGAUCACGCGAUGUUAAUUGCUCUUAUAAUCGCCGCAGCUUUCCUCUUUGUAUUCAACAAAGUGGACGGAGUCCAGAUCUUGUCUAAAUCAAAGCUAGAAAAGUGUGAGAAGACAAACGAUUCAGGAAACCUCAACUGCUCAACUAAAAUCGUCUUGAAUCUCGCUGUCCCCAGUGGAUCCAGCGGAGGAGAGGCUUCGAUUGUAGCCGAGAUCGUCGAAGUGGAAGAUAAUUCGAGUAGCAACAUGAAGACCGUACGUAUCCCACCGGUUAUCACAGUGAACAAAUCAGCAGCAUAUGCUCUCUAUGACCUAACUUACAUUAGGGAUGUGCCUUAUAAACCUCAAGAGUUUCACGUUACCACUCGAAAGUGUGAGCCAGAUGCUGGACCAGAUAUCGUUGGAAUAUGCGAGAGGCAAAUAUCUUUCUUUACGAUAUAUAUAGUUCUUUCUUGUUUAGCUUUAACGGUAAAUACUUAUCGGAACAGGCUGCGUGAUGACAAAGGUAACGUUCUGGUGCAGACUCAGCCUGUCUGUUGUCCAUGUGGACCACAAACAAGAGUUCCUUCAUCUUGUGGAGACAUAUUUGAGAAGUUGAUAAAAGGGAAAGCAAACACUGCGCAUUGCCUUCGUUUCCCUGGUGACUGGUACCACGUUUUCAGCAUUGGACAACGGUCUCUAGGGUUUAGCGUGCGUAUUGAGUUGAAGACAGGAACUAGAGUUUCAGAAGUGAUCAUUGGUCCUGAAAAUAGAACAGCUACUGCAAAUGAUAACUUCCUCAAGGUUAAUCUCAUAGGAGACUUUGCUGGUUACACAAGUAUUCCUUCUUUUGAGAACUUCUAUCUUGUAAUCCCAAGAGAGGUGGCGGCAGAGGGACAGCCAGGGAACUUAGGUGGAAACUACUCAAUGUGGAUGCUGCUUGAGAGAGUGAGAUUUACAUUGGAUGGCAUAGAGUGUGACAAGAUCGGUGUUGGCUAUGAAGCUUAUAACAACCAACCAAACUUCUGUUAUGCACCAUAUUGGAGUUGCUUGCAUAAUCAACUUUGGAACUUCCACGAGGCAGAUGUGAACCGGAUAAACCGCCACCAGUUUCCUUUGUAUGGACUGGAAGGAAGAUUUGAGAGGAUCAAUCAACAUCCAAACGCAGGGCCUCAGUCGUUCUCUAUAGGAGUCACGGAAACGCUCAACACAAAUCUAAUGAUCGAGCUAAGAGCUGAUGAUAUUGAAUAUGUUUUCCAAAAGAGCCCUGGUAAGAUCAUAAACAUCGCAAUACCGACUUUCGAGGCACUAAAACAAUUUGGAGUUGCUGCAGUCACAACCAAGAACACCGGUGAAGUAGAAGCAUCUUAUAGCUUAACGUUUGAUUGCUCCAAAGGUGUGGCUUUCGUUGAGGAGCAAUUCUUCAUUAUAAAACCAAAUGAUGUUACAACUCGAUCUUUUAAGCUGUACCCUACCAAAGAUCAGGCUGCAAAAUAUAGAUGCACAGCUAUACUAAAGGAUUCUCAGUUCAACGAAGUAGACAGAGCCGAGUGCCAAUUCAGCACGACAGCUACCGUACUUGACAAUGGAACUCAGGUUACUAAUCCGUUUCAAAUUCCAGAGACUCUCCCUAAAGGUUUCUUUGAAUCGAUUAGGCUAAUAUGGACCAAACUAGUGAAUGGUUUAGUCGAUUUCAUCACCGGAGAAUCUUGCAGAAACAAAUGCUCGAGUUUCUUCGACUUCAGCUGCCACAUUCAAUACGUUUGCUUGAGCUGGAUGGUUAUGUUCGGCCUCCUCCUCACUCUCUUCCCUACCACUUGUGUCCUUCUCUGGCUCUUGCACCAAAAGGGACUCUUUGAUCCUUUAUACGACUGGUACGAAGAUCAUUUUGAUUCAGAUCAUCAUAGGUUAUUAUUACAACAAACCAGAGAAAUCGCCUUAAACCACCGCCAUCAUCAUCGUCGUCCUCAUCAUCACCAGCAUCGCCAUGGUGUCAACACGCAUAAUCACCACCAUCGUCGUAGAGUAAACCACAGACACAAACACCAUAAUCAUGGGCAUGAUGAUGACGACGAUGUUUUGCAGAAGAUUCUUGAACGUGACCACAAUGACUCUCACUAUUACCAAAAUCUUCGCCGAGUCCACAAAGAUGGCAAGCAGAAGCAGCGUAGGCGAGGAGAGAAGCACGGGAUCGUCGUGCCAUCUGAUGUGGACGUGGACAGACGGAGGAAAGUGAGGCAAAGGGAGGGGAGUUAAAAGAGAUAUCGUCUAUCCUCUAAACAUUAUGGCUUUUAUUCAUAACAUGUGGUAUUAUUGAUUUAGUUUGAAUUAAGUAUAAUUUACUGAUAAUUUAAAAAUGCUAUCAAUCAUGCAUUAAGUUUAUUUUGUUUGAUUUUAAGUUUAACUUAUCAUGUAUUAUAGUUGUGCUACAAUUUUGAGUUAAAUCUUUUAUAAAAUUAUUAACCCAAAAUUUAAUGCAAGCAAAACUCCAUGUUUUGGAAGUUGAGUUAACGUUUUAAUUGAAUUUUCUUUUCU